UGCGAUCCUCCUACCUUAGUCUCCUGAGUCACUAGGACUACAGGUGUGUGUUACCACACCUGGGUCUACCAUCUUAAAUGUAUUAUUUGUUUUGUUUUUGUUUUUGUAGUACAGGGUAUUGAACUCAGGGCUUUGUACUUACUAGGCAGCUAAAUCUUCAACCCUUUUUAAAAUUUAUAAUUUUAUUUUGAGACAGGGUCUCACUAAGUUGUCAAGGCUGGGCUUGAAUUUUUUUUUAUUUAUGAAGUUGAUCUUUAUAACACUUAUUAAAUAGGCAGCCAUAACAUGGAGCAGGGAGUCCUGUAAUGCAUAUGUAUGGUAUCCAAACCUGACACAGAAUGAAUUCAUACAAUGGCCUUGAACUUUUGAUCCUCCUUCCUCAGCCUCUGGACCAGCUGAGUUUAUAGGAAUGUGCCACCUCAACCAACUUAAAUGUAUUGUUUAAUAAACAUCCAGUAAAAUUUGCUCUUUUUUUGGUACCGUUCUAUUAGUUUAAACAAAUGCAUAGUAUCUUGGCCACCAUAUUUAAGACAGAGAACAGGCCCAUCACUUUUACAUACAGAUGGCCCUGAUUUACAGUGGUUCAGCUAACAAAUUUUCAUCUUCAGGAUGGUGCAAAGCAAUGCACAUUCAGUAGAAACUGUACUUGGAAUUUUGAAUUGGAUUUCCUCCUCAACUCGAAAUAUGCAGCCUCAUCCUCUGUCCAGAUGCUGGGUAGAAUGCCGCCUCGGGUUGGCUGUGUGAUCAUAAGGGAAACCACUGAUGCUCCACAGUGCAUCUGUACUGGCUGUACUGGGUUGCUCAGAAGUUUAGGUGCAGUUUCCAGCUGAGAGCGGUGGCCCACACUUAUGAUCCCUGCUACUUUGGAGGCUGAGGCAGGAGGAUCACAAGUUUGAGGUCAGACUGGGUAAUUUAGUGAGUGAGACUCUGUUUCAGAAUAAAAAGUAAAAGGAGUUGGGAAUGUAGUGGUAGUACCCAAGCACCAAAAAAAUGGGAAAUAAAGAAAAGAAAAAUGCAUUUUCCAUUUUCCAUAUUUUCACCUCCUGGUGGGUUGGUGAGCAUGUAGCCUCCUCAUAUCUUGAACAUCUGUGUUCUGUCCUACUGCUUUCUCCCACAACCUUGCCCCUGAUACCCAUUGCUGUGUUUUCAACCCAAGCCUACCCAUUCAGAAUUUCUGGGAUUGGGUCCUCCAUCUAGGUGAUGAGGGUCCUGCAGGAGAUUCUGAUUUGAAUCAAUUGGAAACCAUUGCCUGAGAAUAUUGCUUCAUAACUGGCAAGAACUUGGUUCUUGCUUGGUUCCCUGGAGUCUAGACUGUGACCUGUGAGCAGUCAGAGGCCUCAGACUAGUAAAAACAACCCUUCCUUUGUGCUUACUGCCUGACAGGCACUGAGUCAAGCACAUUUAACCUGCUGCCUCUCACUCUUCAUAGUAGUUCUGGGAGGUUAAAUCUUUCAUUCCCAUUUUAUAGAUGAGGCACCUGAGGCUAGAGAUAGAGAUUAAAUACUUUGCCCAGCUUUACAUAACCAGGAAAUGAUGGAACCAAGAUUUUGGAGCCAGGCUAAUUUGCAGUGCCCAUGAUCCUGACCUUUCCACUGUGUCACCUCUCUCCAGUAGGGUGGUUACCCGCCCCCACCAUGCCCAGCCUGACAGUGUGACAGUUGUCCAUGCUGGCUGUCAUGUCCUCAGAAGAUUCUCCCAGUACAACUUCUUACUUGAUUUGUUGAGCUCCUGGAGCAGGGGUGAUUGAGGAGAGGCUAAGGGGACAGAAAGCUGAAUGAGGCCAGCUCCUGGAGAGAGCAGGGGAGAGCCCUGGGCCAGGUGGGGCUGCCAGGAGACCUCUGCCUGAUUCUGUCUGUCUUUCCUCCCUUUGCACUGGACUGAGCCUCCUGUGUUUCUCUCCAUCUGAUCUCCUGUUUCCUCUUCUGGCUCUGGAGUUCCUGGCUCCUCUGACUACCUCUCCUUAAGCUCCUACCUCUUCUCUCUCUCACCUCAGCUUGGCCUCCGGAAUGCCCCCCGAUGCUGGGCAGUGAUCCAGCCCCUGCUGUGUGCUGUGUACAUGCCCAAGUGUGAGAAUGAACGAGUGGAGCUGCCCAGCCGCACCCUCUGCCAGGCCACCCGAGGCCCGUGUGCCAUUGUGGAGCGGGAGCGGGGCUGGCCUGACUUCCUGCGCUGCACCCCUGACCACUUCCCUGAAGGCUGCCCGAAUGAGGUGCAGAACAUCAAGUUCAACAGUUCGGGUCAGUGUGAAGCGCCUUUGGUGCGGACAGACAACCCCAAGAGCUGGUACGAGGAUGUGGAAGGCUGCGGGAUCCAGUGUCAGAAUCCACUGUUCACCGAGGCCGAGCAUCAGGACAUGCACAGCUACAUUGCAGCCUUCGGUGCUGUCACUGGCCUCUGCACGCUCUUCACCCUGGCCACCUUUGUGGCUGACUGGCGGAACUCCAAUCGCUACCCUGCAGUGAUUCUCUUCUACGUCAACGCGUGCUUUUUUGUGGGCAGCAUUGGCUGGCUGGCCCAGUUCAUGGACGGUGCCCGCCGGGAGAUUGUAUGCAGAGCAGAUGGCACCAUGAGGCUAGGGGAGCCCACCUCCAAUGAGACCCUGUCCUGCGUCAUCAUUUUUGUCAUCGUGUAUUAUGCCCUGAUGGCUGGUGUGGUCUGGUUUGUGGUCCUCACCUAUGCCUGGCACACCUCCUUCAAAGCCCUGGGCACCACCUACCAGCCACUCUCAGGCAAGACCUCCUACUUCCACCUGCUCACGUGGUCACUCCCCUUUGUCCUCACCGUGGCAAUCCUCGCUGUGGCCCAGGUGGAUGGGGACUCCGUGAGCGGCAUCUGUUUUGUGGGCUACAAGAACUACCGAUACCGGGCUGGCUUCGUCCUGGCCCCAAUUGGCCUGGUGCUCAUUGUGGGAGGCUACUUCCUCAUCCGAGGAGUCAUGACUCUGUUCUCCAUCAAGAGCAACCACCCGGGGCUGCUGAGUGAGAAGGCUGCCAGCAAGAUCAACGAGACCAUGCUGCGCCUGGGCAUUUUUGGCUUCCUGGCCUUUGGCUUUGUGCUCAUCACUUUCAGCUGCCACUUCUACGACUUCUUUAACCAGGCUGAGUGGGAGCGCAGCUUCCGGGACUACGUGCUGUGCCAGGCCAAUGUGACCAUUGGGCUGCCUACCAAGAAACCCAUUCCUGACUGUGAGAUCAAGAAUCGCCCCAGCCUCCUGGUGGAGAAGAUCAACCUGUUUGCCAUGUUUGGCACUGGUAUCGCCAUGAGCACCUGGGUUUGGACCAAGGCCACACUGCUCAUCUGGAGGCGCACCUGGUGCAGGUUGACUGGGCAGGGUGAUGAUGAGCCCAAACGGAUCAAGAAGAGCAAGAUGAUUGCCAAGGCCUUCUCUAAGCGGCGGGAGCUGCUGCAGAAUCCAGGCCAGGAGCUGUCCUUCAGCAUGCACACCGUCUCCCAUGAUGGGCCUGUGGCGGGUUUGGCCUUUGACCUCAAUGAACCCUCAGCUGAUGUCUCCUCUGCCUGGGCCCAGCAUGUCACCAAGAUGGUGGCUAGGAGAGGAGCCAUACUGCCCCAGGACGUGUCUGUCACUCCUGUGGCGACUCCAGUACCCCGAGAAGAACAAGCCAACCUGUGGCUAGUUGAGGCAGAGAUCUCUCCAGAGCUGGAGAAGCGCCUGGGCCGGAAGAAGAAGCGAAGGAAGAGGAAGAAGGAGGUGUGCCCCCUGGCACCAGCCCCUGAGCUUCACCAUCCUGCCCCUGCCCCUGCCACCAGCGCUGUUCCUCGGCUGCCUCAGCUCCCCCGACAAAAAUGCCUGGUGGCUUCAGGAGCCUGGGGAUCUGGGGAAUCCUGCCGACAGGGAGCCUGGACCUUGGUCUCCAACCCCUUCUGCCCAGAGCCCAGUGUCCGUCAGGAUACAUUUCUCCCCAGUGUUCCAGCCCCCACGGCCUGGGCUCAGGGCUGCCGCCAGGGUCUGGGGCCCAUUCACUCCCGCACAAACCUGAUGGAGGCAGAGCUCAUGGAUGCAGACUCGGAUUUCUGAGCCUGCAGAGCAGGGACAGGAAAAAGGAACAAAUACUUUUCCAAGGCUCUUCUUCCUCCCUGAGAGCGCUUCCCUGGAUCUCAUCUUCCAGAGAAACUGUGGGCCAAGUGCCCUCCCAGGAGAGUUCCGUAUGUUUGGCUUAAAGCAGCAGGACUGUGGGAAAGAGCCAGACUUCUCCAUGGGUAGGUCUCACCCCAAGGGCAGGGCCCUGGAGCUCGGGGUCUUUAUUUCUGUCCCACCAGCUGGAGUCUGACUGGCAGCAGUAGUCUCCAGCAGAGCUUGUGGUAGGGCAAUAAUGGCAGAGGCAGGGGUGAUAGUUCUCAGAGUAGAAUGUGGUGGCUAGGGAGGCAGCCAAGUCCUGUCUUCCAGAUAGGGGCUGGCUGCCCUUUUCUGUGCCAACAGGUGCCCUUUCCUGGCACUCUCAGACCAAAAGUGUUUAUUGUGUCAUUUGUCCUUUGCCUAAGUGGGAAUAGGGCUCCCUUCUUCAUUUAAGGUGGUCGUGAGGCCAGAAGUGCUUACUGCCACAGGGGCCUCUCUAAACAGGUAGCCUUACCCCAAACCCACUUUAUCUUCUGCAUCCGCCUUUCCCCAUCUCAUUUCUACCAGGCCAGACUCUUCCGGCUUCCUAUUUGUUGAUUAGGACCCAGAACUGCAAGCAUGUGCGAACGAACACACACACACACACACACACACACACACA